AUGGCGGGCCCGCUGCGACAACCGAUUGACAUUGCCUCGCUCGAGAGGUACAUUGGGCAGAACCUGCCGGUGGUCAAGACGCCGCUGGACGUGAAGCAGUUUGGCUUUGGACAGUCCAACCCCACGUACCAGCUCACAGCCAGCGAUGGCCAGAAAUUCGUGCUACGCAAGAAGCCGCCCGGCAAGCUGCUCUCCAAGACGGCGCACAUGGUCGAGCGCGAGUACCAGAUCAUCCACGCGCUGGAGCAGACAGACGUGCCUGUGCCCAAGGCGUAUAUCCUGUGCGAGGACAGCAGCGUGAUCGGGACGCCGUUUUAUAUCAUGGAGUUUCUGGCGGGCAGGAUGUUUACCGACCCAGCGUUUCCCGGCGUGAGUGCGACGGAGCGAAACGAACUCUGGCAUGAUGCCCUUCGCACGCUCGGCAAACUGCACCGGGUCGAUCCCAAGUCCGUCGGCAUGGAGAAAUUCGGCAAGCCGACGGGCUUCUACGACCGGCAGAUCGCAACCCUAACGCGGAUAUCGCAGACACAGGCGGGCGCAGUUGACGUCGACACGAAACAGGCCGUGGGCGAGCUGCCACACAUUGGCGAAAACGUGCGCUUCUUCUCGGACAGGGCGAGCCAGCCGCGCGACCGGUCGACGUUUGUGCACGGCGACUACAAGAUCGACAACCUGGUAUUCCACGCGACAGAGCCACGUGUGAUUGGCAUCCUGGACUGGGAAAUGGCCACGAUCGGCCACCCGCUGUCAGAUAUCUGCAAUCUGACAAGCCCGUGGCACAUGGACACGAACGAGGGCAAGGCGGCGGCGUUUCAACCGGGCCACACGCCCGGCAUCCCCACGCGCGCGCAGAGCCUCGAGUGGUAUGGGCAGGCGGCCGGCUGGGAUCCGAGGGCAGAUGUGACUUGGGGCGAUGCGUUUUUCUUUUUUCGCAGCUCGGUGAUUAUGCAGGGCAUAGCGGCACGGUAUGCGCUGCGGCAGGCCAGCAGUGCGCACGCGCGCGAGUAUGCGUUGAAGAUGAAGCCGUUUGCCGAGGAGACGUACCAGCGCGUACGAGUGGCCGAGGCGGAGAGGGCGAGGGGGAAAUUGUAG